UGUAAACAGCGCUGUGCGCGUCGCUGCACUGGAGUCUAGGGGAGAGACAGGCACGGGUAGCAGGCUCCUAACAAAGAGGGUUUAAUAAAGUUUAGAAGUAAAGGACGGUUGUGACAGAGGCGGGAGGAUAUAACGAGGGUAACAUCAGCAAGCGGUGGUAUCCUCCCAUCUCUCCCCUAGUUCUCUCCUGCAUGCAGACACCGUCCCCCUGUUUUUUAAUUGGGCCUCUAACCGUACCAUCAGCAUUAACUAAAGCCAAGUUCCCAUUACCAAAGUGUGUUAGCCGCAAAACGCAUUUCAUAAACCCAGACAAACACAUUCUCUCACGCACACACACACACACCAGCAUUUCAACAUUCCGAAAGAACGCAUUCCGAAAACAAUUCAACAGAGCCAUAGGUUGUUGCAUAAACACAUCAUGGCCUCUGUCACCAAAUCCUCUAACCCCGAGAUCCCCGAUAAUCACAAGGAGAGCUGGCUGGUGCUGCUCGCAGCCGCCGAGGCUUACAGCCAGACGUCCGGCUGUGAUCUGGCCAUUUUGACCGCCUACAAGAAGUUCCGUCCUUCCGGGGUCGAGGUGGAAGGAACGAGGAAUCACGAAGGGGGCGGGACUCAGGUGCGGAAGUUUGAUUAUGCGUAUCACGUUUGGGGACCGGGGGCCCUAGCUGAGUCGUCACGGCGAUACAUGGAUGACAUCGCAGUCCUGCACUCCACCACUUUACUGACGGCUCAGAGACACACGCGUUUAAACGCAGAUGAAGGAGGAGCCAAACUGGGUGUGGAUGUGCCGUCUGACAGACUGAGCUCGACUGGAGAUGGAGUCGGGACUGUUAGUCCCAACAUGAGGCUGUAUUCUCAGAGCUACCCGUCGAUCUACAACUCGGCCGCUGCUAUUGGCCAGCCGGGUGGUCCGCAUGGGAAUGGGGAGCGGGAAAGGGAGAAAGCUGCGAUGGAGGAACGCGAGAAGGCAAGAGAAAGGACAGAAAUUGAGGACUUGGAGGAAGAGGAUGAGGAAGAAGAGGAGGAGGAGGAAGAGGAUUUGGAUGGGAGGAGGCGUAACCUGAAUGAAUCUGCAGGUGUCUUUUCAAUGGAUGAGGAUUCUUUGUCCCGUGACUGUGAGCCCUUCUUUGAGUCUGACGGGGAGGAGGAGAGCACUGAUGGCUCUCUGAGUGAGGAAGCACCUCCCCCUCCACGUGGCUUGGCAAUGGGUCACCUGGCGUCUCGCUCUUCUAACCCUUUGGCAAUGGCCCGUUCACUGCCCGUGUCUAUACCGGUGUGGGGCUACAGGAACAACCAUGCCCCUCAGGGUGACUCCCACAGUGGAGAACGGGUGGGCUGUACAGACCUGGACCACAUAGCUGCCAGUAUGAAAGCUCUGCUCGUCCCGGGAGCCACGGACGGGACGGAGAUGUUUGGAGCACUGCCACGACCUCGCCUAAACACGGGCGACUUCUCUCUGAAGCACUGAGAGGGGACGAAUGUGUGCGUAUGUAUGUUUGAGCGUGCAUGAGAACGAGAGAUGGGGAACGGGGGCGAACCGUGAGCGUGUUUGUGCGCGAAAGUGAUUCGAACGGAACUGGAGAGUUUGACGGCUGUUUUUUUUAGCAAAAAUGUUGCCAAAACUGAAGCUUUUUCCUGCAUAUCAUUAGUAUUUCUAUGGAACUGAAAGUGGCGAAACCUUUACCAGCCCUUUACAUCUGCAGCAGGAGGAGGAGGGGUUGAUUCGCAUGUCUUAAUUGGAGAAUUUCUUUUGGCUUUGACCGAAUGGUUGUGGCAGACUUUAUUUACAUAGUGCAUUUCAUCGAGAAACACUAACGGAGCGAAUGUACAUCAAUGUUACUAAUCUUACCCGGUAACUUUUCCUCAGCAGUGCGGGAUUUACUGAUAGCAUAUACGCCUAUUUUCGCACAUCUAUCACCGGAGGAGCAUUGUACAUUAGCAAACACUACAUGUUCUUGGAUAUAUAGGCUGCUGCUUUCAGAUAUGAAUUCAGUGGUGUAUAUUCCCUGGCAAGAUCGCCAAAGCUGACUAGACGUUAAUGUGAAUGCUUGCAAAUGAUGUCACUCUCUGCCUGUGUGCACUCACUUUUAUUUCAAAUACUGUCCUGAAGACUUUCUAGAUCGAUGCUUUGUAAAGCAAAAGACAAUGAAAGGACAAUUAACAUUUCGGAAAACACGAAUGUGUGGGAUUUUUCACCAACAAAUGACCGGGGUUUCUGCGUUACAACUAAUUAAUGUGCUGAUAACUGAUAUGAAUGCGGAAAUACCAAGUGUCGAUUAGUACGGUAACUCUAAAUUCUUGAUAGACUGAAGGAUGUGUCAAAUACGAGGGUUUACAACACUACAGAUGUCAACCAGCUAUGUGUUCAUCUUAAACAUUUCACAACUGUUCAAUGUUUAAGUAAAUGCGUUUUUUUGAAUAAACAAGUUGUUUGUUGUCGAA